UCACACUUGUGCUACGACCGAGCUCAGCUGCACAAUAAGAUGGAGUUAAAUGAUUUUGUCAUGUUUGGCCAUGGUCUUGCCUCCUGGUACCUCAAGAUAUUAAUGGUUAUAAUCUUCAUCAACAUCUUUGUCUCUCUUCUCCGUAGCCCUCAUCUUCGCUACUAUGGCUGCUACUUCUGCUAUGUCCUAACUACAUCGGUAGUCGCAUUUGCCUACAUCCCUAUAUUAAUAUUGAGAUUUCAUGACCCAGGGAACGUUUUACUAGCAACACCUCCGAUUGUGAUGCUGACCAAACUGCUGGGUAUAGAGUGGGAGUUACGAGGCGCCAAGAACUUCAUCCACGAUGAAGCAGCUGUUGUCACAGUCAAUCAUCAGUCCAUGUUCGACAUCAUGGGUCUUCUCGCAAUUGGUCCUGCGAUGCAAAGAGCUUGGGCUGUAGCGAGGAAAGAAAUAUUCUACUACUGGCCUUUUGGUCUGUCAAUUUGGCUGUCUGGUAUUAUCUUCAUAGACAGAAACAAUGGCAGAGAAUCAAACAAGAAACUCAUGUCUGCCAUAGAUAAAGUAAAAGACCAAAAGAUCAAGUUGGUCAUGUUCCCUGAAGGAACAAGGAACAAAAAGGGAGGAGGAUUGCUACCUUUCAAAAAAGGAGCUUUCAGGAUGGCUAUUCAAGGUCAGAUACCGAUCACACCGAUUGUUUUGUCUCCAUAUUACUUCAUCAAUUCAGAAAAAAGGAUGUUCCAUAGAGGUAAAAUUAUUAUGUCAACUCUGCCUCCAAUUUCCACAAAAGGGAAAACAAUGGCAGAUUUAGACAUGCUCAUGGAAAAAACACGUGCCAUAAUGGAAGAGGAAUUCUUCAAGUUAAAAAUAGAAAUUGAAGAGACAUAUGGCUUAAUUAAAAAAUCUUGAAAUUAUGUUUUAGCACCAUUUUUGUAAAAUAUCAUCACUUUUGAUUAUUUUCAUCUGAUUGUAAAUUAUUUAGGUUUAGGAUAUGAAAAGUGAUAAUCAUUGUUAUAAAUAGUAUUUUUAAGAAGUUUAUUAGUGAAGGUAGACUUUUUACGUGAUUUAAUUAAAUGUAGAUAGCUUUUGUUUAAAUUAGACAAAAUAAUAUGUGUAACAAACAGCUUUUCAGUAUGUGUAAAUAUUUUUGUUCUUUUCUAUUAAAUGUUCAAAAUUAAAAAAAAAGAAA